AAUAUAAUUUAAGUGUUUUAUUUAGUACGAAAAUAAGUACUUAGUGAGUUAGCCUAAACAAUGAUACUAAUCAGAAAAGACGAUGCGUAUGCAUGUUUCAUUGAUUUCCAGAACGCAUUUGAUAAAGUCCCAUAUGGAAAACCAAUCGAUAUCCUAAAAACAUUAGGACUAGAUGGUAAGGAUAUAAGACUGAUCUCAAACUUAUAUCUCCAACAAAAAUCAACAGUACGAUUAGAAAAUAAACUGUCCGAGAUCGUCACAGUCGAAGAAGGAGUUAGAUAGGGUUACAUAUUGUUACCUUUGCUGUUCAAUGUUUACUCUGAGAAGAU